UGCUGUCAACAAAAUUUGAUUCUUGAAACUCUAUCUCCUAAACUUUUAUUUUAGGCUUCUUGAGUCACACCGUGAAAGCUUAUUACAUCAUCAUAUAUUACCAUCGUAGCCUUCACCAGUUGCAGUAUUUACUCUACUCGCAUUCAUCUUGAUCACCUACCGCUCACUCCAUCUCAACUCCUUCGUUUGCUUUCUGCCACAGCCGCGACCAAUAAGAUGUCCACAGAACACCAGAAUGUGAAACGCAGGGCCCCAAACGACUUCGAGGAACAGGAGUCAACAAGGAGUGUCGCGAUAUCCAAUGUUUUCAAAUUCAUCGUCGGUCCCGAAGAAACCGAGUUCACUAUUCAUUCCGCCCUCGUCGCGAAGCAGUCACCCGUCUUGAACGUCCUCGUCAAUGGACCUUUCAAGGAAGCCUUGGAACAACGCGUCAAAUGGCCCGACCUCGACGAAGCCACCUUCCUGAGCUUUUGGGAGUUUGCGUACAGCGGCAACUACGCGAAACCCAUACAAGAAGAUGAGGAAGAGGAGGAGACAGAUCCAGGUGAUGAAGAACUGGGCCGCUGGGGCAAGUCUUGGGCGCACUACGUUCGACUUUACCCACGAAUCUCGGGGCCUAACAAUGCCAAUGCACACCAGGUUCAUGGCCUCUGGCAGAACUUUGUCGAGAAACACGCGCCCGUGCCUCGACCAGCCGACGUGGGAGACAUCGGUGCAGAUACGUUGCUGCAUCAUGCGCGAGUUUGCGCCUUCGCAGAUCGCUACUGCAUGGAUAAGUUGAUGGAGAUAUCGUUGGGCAAGCUAUUCCUCGCCCUCGAGGCGACGAUACCUUGGGGAGAUUCGUGGAAUGCUGUCAUGGAGCUGCUCGUCUUGACUUCCGGCAAAUUUUUCCCCAUGAGGUUGCGACAGAUUGUGGCGGAUUACAUCAUCUGUCAAGCAGAGCUCUUCAGGGGUGAGGAGGUGUUUCAGAACUUUAUGUGGCAUCACGGUGGUCCGAUGCGGGAACUGUUGAGCCAGGUCGUGGAAACGGAGGAAGAUACAUAA